ACUAAGUUGCGUAUCCUUCCAGAGACAGUCUCAACACACCUUUAUAAUAAAGAUGGAGCUGUCUUAUCAGUCGAUGAAAAUUGCUCAUCAAACUCGAGAAACCGAUGGGUUCAGGACUGAAAUGAGGAAGAAGAGCCUUCUUGUUAUGAUCUACCACCACUUGUUGGGAGAGGGCUACGUAGCAGCAGCAGUAGCCUUGGAUCAGGACACAAAUGCGAGUGUAAGAAAGUUCGAGGUUUGUGAUAACAUCAAUCUGGAGAUGGUGCUGACGGAGUAUGAGAGCUAUCAUUACGUCAAGUUUCAGAAGUAUCCCAAACUCGUCAGGAAAACAGCAGAGCCAGGUGAAAGCAGACAGACAAAAGGUGGUGGAGUCAAAAAAAGUCCCUCCUCAGCUGUGAAGCCUCUUCCCAAAAUCAACUCAUCCUCUGGCUCCCAGCCUGGAAGUGCAUUCAAGAGAACAGCCAGUGUUUGCGAAAAAGAGAAUGGUAUUCCUGUAGCACCGGAGUUGUCGGAGUUCGGGCUCAACGUUCUCCCCAUCAAAAACGGAUCGGCUGGAGAGCCUGCAGCAUUCAGAAAGAUAACUGAUGGAAAAGCAACAAUCCAUGAUGCAGGCAGAGGAUCAGACUUUCACUCAGACCACAUGGAGCGGCUGUUGAAGCCUCUCAGUGGCUUUUCUGGAAUGAGUGGUGAAAUGAGAGACCUGGCAGCAGUCAUCAGUGGGGACACCCAGUUACACAAACCUAGCUACCACCGCCCUCCCAACUCUGUGUUUGCGUGUGUUCACCCCCUAAAGGACAUCUAUUUGCACAGCCCAAAUGUACGCUGGGAGGACAUCAUCGGUCUGGAGGAUGCCAAGCGAUUAGUCAAAGAGGCUGUCGUUUAUCCCAUUAAGUAUCCGCAAUUGUUUACAGGCAUCUUAUCUCCAUGGAAGGGCUUGCUGCUCUACGGCCCCCCAGGGACUGGUAAAACCCUUCUGGCAAAAGCCGUAGCUACAGAGUGUAAGACAACGUUCUUCAACAUUUCAGCCUCUAGCAUCGUCAGCAAGUGGAGAGGAGACUCUGAAAAACUUGUCAGGGUUUUGUUUGAGCUGGCCAGGUACCACGCCCCUUCCACCAUCUUCCUGGAUGAGCUGGAGUCAGUGAUGGGACAGAGGGGAUCCAGUUUGGGGGGAGAGCAUGAGGGGAGUCGGAGAAUGAAGACGGAGCUGCUGGUACAGAUGGAUGGGCUUGCACGAUCAGACGACCUGGUGUUUGUACUUGCUGCCUCUAACCUGCCAUGGGAGCUGGACCACGCCAUGCUGAGAAGAUUAGAGAAGAGGAUUCUGGUGAACCUCCCCUCAUCCCCUGCACGCCAAGCCAUGACCUCUCACUGGCUCCCUCCUCUCAGCUACAUAGGAGGGGUCGAGCUGCGAACUGAGUUGGACUACAAAACUCUGGCAGAUGAGAUGGAAGGAUACUCUGGCUCUGAUGUCAGACUGGUGUGUAAGGAGGCUGCCAUGAGGCCCGUUCGUAGGAUCUUUGACUUUCUGGAGUCGCAUCAGAAUGCAGACACCAACAUGCCUGCGAUCCAGCUGGAAAUGAUAACAACAGCUGACAUCAUGGAGGUGAUCGCACACACCAAACCAUCAGCCCGAAACUUGUUGGCCAGAUACUCAGCCUGGAAGACAGAAUAUGAGUCUGUCUGAUGGUCACACUGGAGGAAACGUGUUUGUGUCAGCAUCCUAACUGAAAGACUCAAAUUCAGCCGUUGCACUUACACUUCACAGUGAGAAAUUAUAAUAUUGUUUUGGUUUUUUUAAGCUUCUAAUGAGGAUUUUUAUAACUUGUAACAGUUUUGAACAAUUAUUUAACGGGAAAACCCUAAACCAGUUUUCCUCUGAGUCCAUGCUACAGUUUAGAGGUUGUCUUCUCAAUGAUAACAAAACUAAAUGACAAAUGUUGUAUUUUCUUUUUUAUUCGAGUAUUUUCACACAACUUGACACGACAAAGUGUUUUUACAGUGACUGGAGAUAACUGACAACUUGCUGGUUUUAUUUUUCUUUGCAAACUUCUAGUUUGAAAUUGAUCUGAGUUAUUCUCCUUUUAUUAAUGUUUUUACCACAAUAAAGGUAUAACUGCCUUCUCUGAAAUAUGA